AUGGCCCGCUCAGAGGCCCUUCGCCUGCGUCUCGCAUCUGUAGGUACGAUUAAGGAUGAAACAGAUGCCAACAAAGACAUUGCUCGUGGCCUUCCCUCUUCGUUGUAUGCCGUGCAAAAAGGAAUACUGCUUGCCGAUGAUGUCCUGACGUUGCGUACCCUUGAGACCGUGGUGAGGGACGCCCACGUGGAGAUGGAGCGCGAGAGGAGCAAGGGGGAGAGGCGCGAGGUGGAGCUCGCUCUCGCCGCGUCCGGCAUGGGCCGGCGCGGCGGGGGCAGUGGGGGGGCAUCCGGGGGUCAAGACGGGGGUCACGCAGCAGCUGGCGGCCAAAAUCGUGACGGAGAGAAGAAAAAUAGUGACAUGUUCAACGACGAACCCGGCGGAUUUUGCCGCUACCACCAGUCCGAGCUUCACACCAACGAGCAGUGUCGUCUCCAGCAGCAACUGCGGCGCGCGCGUUCGAGAGAGGGCGCCGCGGAACGCCGCUCGGGCGGCGGCAGCCGCGGUGGCGGCGGUAGCCAGCGAGGGGGUAGACCGCCGCCGGGGCCAGGCCGCGGUGGCGGCCGAUGGGUGAGGCUACAAGAGCAGCAGCGCCACACCGGUCAUGGUGGCGAUGGCUGGAGCCAAGCCUCACCCCCCCUGAGACCUCUUCGUGGACGUGGGCCUGUGGGCGUCUGGGGCGUCACCCGGGGGGUCGUGGGCCCGCGGGACGCCACAGCAGCGAUGGGCGUGCCGAGAGAGAACCGGCAGGGAGAGGCCCGGGGCACGCGUUCUGGCCACGGAAGAGAGCAGGCGUACGUUGUGUACUACGCCCACGAUGAUGGUGGCUACUACGACGACUACGGCGACUACGACGACGGCUACUACUACGAAGACGGCUACCACGACGCCGGGUACGCCUACUACGCCGGCGGUAGGGACAGCUACAGCUACUCCUCAGGGAGCCAGCAAUAGUUUCACCAACAGCAGCCUACACAUGUAUGACCUGCAAGAGAUCCCCGCCAGUAGGAAGUAUGUCGUUGUAGGUGAUGGUCGACUGCUAGAAGUGCAAGCCAUCGGUAGUAUUAAUCUUGGUUUCUUUCAGGAGGAUGAGAAUGAUGAGAAACGACGAUGUGUGUGAAGCUCACUGACGUGUCUGUUGUAGAGAGCCUGAGAUUCAACUCGUUCUCAACGCAUGCUGUUUCUCUGAAGCAACCAAUCCACUACGACGAACGUGGUGCAACCCUACAAAAUGGGCUGCUCUUUGCUAGAGAGGAAAAAGCGUCUGCAGCGUAUGCCAUGCGGUUGCCGUACGAUCCAUCUGCGACUAUUGUAGACCCUGCUGCUUUGCCCGCAUUCGUGACGGCCCCCCGAUUCC